GGGGCUGGAGACAGCUUAAAAGCAGUUGAAACUGGGACAGAGCGCAUUGGCUUGAAGUUUGGAGGCCACCUUCGUUCUUCGCUGAAACUUUCCAAACUUUUAACUUCGACCCGUCUCUCUUCUUCCAUCUCUGACAUGUCGACCACCGGCGGCGGUUCCGUGGCCUGUGAGGGGAUGUACUCCAAACUGAUAGACGACGAGCCUGGCGCGUAUGACAACAUCAACCACCGCAGCCCAGAUGUGGGACUCGGAGCCCACCCAGUCUCUCCAGUCAGACUGACCCCCAGGCCGAGCACCCCGGGGCCCUACCGCUUCACCACCAUCUGCCUGGCUACGCUGUGUGCCGUCCUGCUGAUCUCCAUCAUAGCUGUCACUGUACACUAUAAGAACAAACCUCAGGGUGGAGGUGAAGGGACCCCAACGUUCCAGAAGCAGACGCAGGAGGCAGAUGUGUCGGCUCUGACCGCCUCCAUCAGCAAACUGCAGCAGGAGAACAUCCACCUGCAGAAAGAGGUGGAAGAGCUGCAGGCCAAACUGGCUGCCACUAACGCUCCUGAGGUGGAGACGACGGCGCCUAUUGUCUGCCCGACGGACUGGCAUCUCUUUAACAACAGCUGUUACUUAAUCUCCAAAUCAUCUGAGGAUUGGGAGGAGAGCAAGUCUUACUGCGAGAGGGAAGGAGCUCACCUGGCCAUCAUCCACACGGCUGAGGAGCAGACAUUUCUGUGGGAUCUACUUCCCAGAGGCCACUGGAACUCCUUCUGGUUUGGGAUCACUGACGAGCACACAGAGGAUCAGUGGAAGUGGGUCGAUGGCACCCCGCUGGUUGGAGGUUUCUGGGAGGACGGCGAGCCCAACAACCACAUCAACGAGGAUUGUGGCUACAUUGUGAAAACCCGUGUGCUGGAGCGAGUGGCGACAAAGAGUUGGUACGACGCCCCCUGCAGCAUGUUCUUGCCCUUUAUCUGUGAGAAGGAGAUGGACGCCAGUGCCAGGGUGCCACACUGAGACAUCAACACCGCUCUGGAAAAACACAAGGAACCAGUCAGUAGUUGGGCAGGUUUUUAAAAAACGUCUCUCUAUUUUCCCUGAAAACCUUGGAUUGAGAAUUCUGAUAUUUUGUGAGCAUAAUACACCUUAAAUUUGAAUUCACAUGUUCACAUCUAAUGCUGUUUACUCAGAUAUUGAAAUUCAUCCUUUACAGGAAGAACUUCAGAUAUAAUUUUCACCCAAAUGAAUAUAUAGUAUUUCAGACAUUUUUGUGAAUGGUCAGGUCUGUCCAGAACAUGGAGACAAGCACAAACGAGGUUAAAAGUAAAAUAUUUAGAUGAGUUUACAGAUGAAAACAGGUAGUAUAUUACUGAAAAUCUCUUUUUUAAACAGAAUUAUUCAUACUGAUUUUAAUUUUUUACCUAUUUUUUUGUAUUUUUUUUGUAACUGAAGUUAUAGUGAAAUUUAGAAAUAUGGUAAAAUAACACAAAAUUGUAAUUUAAAAAAACUGUUUUUUUCUUCAUGUGUGCUUAGAAAAGUGAAGGGAAAACAAAAUAAAUAAAAAUAAAGGACUCAGUAAUCAGAUAAUUUAACUAAGUUUGUAUAUAACAGGGAAUAACAUACAGACAAAGACAUAAAUACUACUGUAGAUGGAGGGAGAUGUUCACCUUACUUUUCAAAAUUCUAGUUUUGUACAACCACGUUCACAAUUUACUAAAAUCAUAAAAACCAUAAAAUUAUAAACAAGAAUAUAAACAAAUAUUUGACUCCCACCUUUUCUCUCAAACUGGCUGGACAUGGGAGAGCCCCACAAUCUCAUGUGUCGAAAUGCAAUCAGACUGAAUAUAUAGUAGUUACAGGCACGUUACAUUUCCAUUCAAGCAACUUUCCCUGCAACCGGCCUAAAAAGGUCAUGAUGUCAUGUUUCUGACUGGACUGAAGGUGCUAGUCUGGGCUAUUUGCACCUCCUCUUCAUGCAUUUUCUUUCCUCUUGCAUACAAAUAUUCAUUUUACUUUUCCACUGAUAAUGAAUCAUCUCUAAUGGCUUGUAUGUAAAAAGGUGAGCGGCUGCAGUUGGUGGUCAUUUAGUUUACCAGUUAUAAUUUUUUAAAACAAACAUUUGAGCUUCAUAUUCCAACAAAAAAAAAAAAAAAACAACGCAGAUGAGUCACUUUCUAAAGCUUUGGGGGAGGAUUGUGGUGCUUACAUGUCUUUAUGUGAUCAAAGAUGUUACACAGUUGUGGUGCUAGAGUGCAUCUGUGCCUUAAAUUACACUAUUCAUGUUUUUAUUGAUUUUUUUUAAUCAGGUGAAAAGCUCUUUUCAGUUUUAAAUGAUGUUGAAUGUACAUUAUUAGAUGAUAUUACCUGUGCAAAAAGGAAUAUCAUGAUGUUAAUUUUGUGUUAUGAUUAUAUGAUAUAAUGUAUGGUUAUGUCAUCUCAUUAAGAAUGAAUUAAUUGAAUGAAUGAUCUGAUUCUGAUUAUGCACUUUUUCUGACUUUAGUAUUUGCUCAGUUGAUUGAGUCGUUUUUACUGCAACAUAAAUUUAUGCAGAAAUGUGUCCUGUGGAUCUAGUAAUAAAGAAUAAAGAUCAUUGUUUUGUUUCUUAA